AUGCCUGAAGAUCUUGAAAACCUUCUUCGGCAUAUGAUCCAACCUGAUCCAGCUUAUCGAAUGACCGCAAUGCAAGCAUACCAUCAUCCGGCGUUACAGCCUGCUCCACCUAGUGUAAUCAUCACUCCUCAUUUCGUAAGGGCUGCUGCAUCUUUCGAUGGAUACGAUCAGGAACCCAUUCCAGUCCCUUCUGAAUACACCGAAGCUUUGGCAGCGGCCAAGACCGAGAAGAAGAAGAAACGAAAGACCAAGAAGGAAGGUACCACCCACCAUCAUCAUAAGGAUAAAGAUACUACUCGACACUCUCAUCGAGCUACUACUCCAGCAUUGGGCGAGUCGAUCAAACAGCAUACUAGUAUCUCAAAAGCCACAACCCACAACAAAGGUGAUAGGGCUGAUGAUAAAGAGAAUGUCAACGUCGAUGCUGAGAGAGCGUUGAACAAAUUGGUGAUUAGGAAAAGAGAGGAGGAGAUUAAGGAUAAAGAAGAUGAUAACGAUGAUCCCACUCCUACUAAAGUACUCAAGCCUGCUCAACCGCUCAGAAUCAAAGAGCUCUCUCUUAUUGCCGAUAAAAAGGUAGUCCCCCGAACAUCCAAUUCAAACCUCACCAACUUCUCUCGACCGACCUCAUCUACAAGCCAGAAUACCACUCAAGGCGUACUUUCGCACGCCGUUUCUACAUCGACCAUAAAAGACAAACGAGUUUCCGCCAUAUCUACUACGUCUCCUGUACCGAAAUCGAAGGAAGAAGCAGUAUUGAAAACUAUGAAAUCUCUAGAAGGUACACGUAAAUUGGUACAUGCUCAUACUCACGAUAAAGCUGCUGAAGCCAUCGCAGCUGUCAAGAGACAUGCACCCGAACCUCCACGACCUAAAUCACUUGACUCGGCAGUUGAGUUGAAGAAAGCUGAUUCAGUGUCUAGGAAAGAAGACGAGAGACGAAGUUUGGGUGUUGAGAGGGCCGUGCUGGUGGAUGUGAGAGAGGAAGAGGUGGAUAUCAAGGUGAAGGAAGGUAACAAAGAGGUCGAUACUGUCAUUCACUUCCAUGAUAAUCACGAAGAUAAAGGUAAACGACCUGUUAAACCUGCUGAGCCUAUGUCACCUCCUCGAGAACAGAGAUCAUCAGCCAACCGAGUUCCUACUCCCUCACCUCAGAAGAUCCGACGAGCUGGUCGGAAACCUCAAGCGGAGAUGGACGUCCUACGUGGCAAAGUAUUCCCGGCAUCUGAUGACGAAUCUCCUCUCUCCGAACUGCGAGAUAAGAUACUGGUAUCUGAUCAAGAGAAAUUAGUGAGAUUCAGACAGAUCUCAGGUCGAGGUGAUCAAAUGGAAGUACUUGCUCCUUCACCUGUUACAACUUCCAAACAACCAUCCUCGAACAUCGCUGGUGCAUCUACCACAUCAACCCAGAACGAGGUUAGACAAUCGGUCGAUUCGUACGCUUCUACUUUGGCGAGUGGAUUGACCCGAACUCGAUCUGUCGAAGCGCUCGAAAUGGAUGGUCGAUUAGAUAAGAUGUCCAACUGGAUCAAGUCAGUCGAAAGUAUUAUUGAAGAUGCUAGAAAAGCAAUUGCAGAAGGUAGAGAACCACCUUUACCUUUACUCACCCUAAGCGGUUCUUUGACUGUGUCGGAUGAAGUGCAAACAGCGAAGAAAACGUUUGGCUUGACACCUGAUAAAGCCAUCCCAUCCCAUUUGAGAACUUCGUCCACCCAAGUCGAACCUUCCACACCUCCCAAAUGGGCUAACAAUGGAGGUCCUAUGGAUAUCAAGGAAGCUGAAGAGAAAGUCAAAAUGGCUAAUAAAUGGUUGGAGGAACAGGGUAGGAAAGGAAAGAAGGAUAGACCAACUGUAUCACAUGUUCUCAAGCUGUUCGGUACUGAGAAAGGAACAGAGAAGGAAAGACCAGUAUCUGGAUCACGAUCCAACACUCCGGAUAUCGCCCAGCUCGUGCCACUCAAACCUCCCGCUACAUCUACAUCAUCUCACGCAUUGAAAGGUGCUCCCUCAACUCCGGCUCUACGAUCAUCUACUACAAGGGGAUUGACCAAAGUGCCCAUGCGAAAAUCCGAAUCGAAUUUGAGAAAUUUCAACACCAUGCCAGUCAUACCUUCACCAUCUUUCGUUGCUGGACCAGAGUACGACCCUUUGUCCAUGUCUGACGAGGACGCAGACCACAAGUCCCAAUCCGGCUUAGGUUCACCAAGAAGAGUAAUGUUUGAAAACCUCUUAUCUACUGAGCCUGGUGUGAUCAGACAAGGCGAAGGCUGGGGAAGUUUGUCAAGUGGGAAAGGAUUUAUGAUGGCGGUCAAACCUUCUUCAUCAAUGGCAUCAUUAAGAGAGCGGGCAAGAGCCUUAUUGGGUGAUUCCAAUAAUCACAUCCACGGCAAGAGCGAAUUAUCGAGAUCACAUAGCAACGGUGGUGGUAAAUUAGAAAAGAGAUCUUCAAAAUUGAACCUGCAAUCAACUUCUCAGGAUAGAGAGAUACCUAGCACCAGACCCAAUACACCUGGUGCACAGAGUGUACUUACCCUCCGAACGGUGGAGGGACAUAAGAAAGGUUGGUUGAAGAGUUUGAAAGGUGCUAUGGGGAUGGGAAAGAAGAUGGAUAAGGUUGAGGAGGGAUUAUAA